CUGGGAUUGGGAACGGGGCUGCCCGUCUCGGGGCCCUGUAGCCUGCGGGGAUUCCUGCAUCGCCUCCCCCAUAGGGCCUCGCGGCCUGUCGGCGCUGCGGGCCUCAGCCUCCUCGGCUCACCACUGUGGCCCUUCCGGCCUCGGACCCCUGGCUCCUGCCGCUCCCGGGCCCUGGUGCAGUGGCCUGGCCUGGGGCUGGGGCCUGAGCUGCCCCUUGCCACCCCCGCUGCAUCGGCCUGGCGGGCGGCGUCGUUACGGUCCUCACCGCCCAUUCCCAGCGGGAGACUCUCGGAUUCGCUUGGGGUCCCCUCGCCCCUAGCCCCGCCUGCGAGCCCUCAGUUAUGGCCGGGGGGGUCUUUGUACCAGCCUGGCAGUGCCAGCGAGGGGAAAGGUUGAGGCCGAAGUACAUAUGAAUUGUGACUCCUCUUAGAGCAGAAGCUAGAGUUGGGGAGUGAGCUAUUUUGUUGUGUUUCUUACUCACGUGUUCAUGGCUAAUCGGUUGCUUCUCUUUUUUGGGCUCUAAUGUAUCUUUCUGGUCAUUACACCUUUAGAUGUGAAACUUUGAAAUUUGAUUAGGGUUAGACUCUCAAAUGUUGGACUACUGUUAAAUUACAGGGAUGAUUUAUUCAACCUCUUACAAAAUCCAGCCCAUUAAAUCACAACAGUCUUGUUUUUAAUGAAUAAAAUGAGUUGUAAUCCAUGACUAUCUUCCUGAAAUUUUAAAUGAGUCUAAAUUAGUUCAUUAGCAAAUUGUUUCAAUUAAUCUAAUCAGUUAGGGUAGGUUUAUUUGGUCUGGCAGCUUCUGCUUGACAAAAAAAUUAUAAACUGGGGUCAGCAUGAAUUACUGGGAAAUGACAUUGGAUCCUGUCAAAGCUCCCGCCAGUUUGUUUACAUUUUGAGACCAGUCAGCUGAUGAAUUUGGCAGGCCCUAAAUCUGUAAAGGUCUUUGUGUUUGAUGUUGGAAGAAAAACGUGGAAGUUCUAUGAUUGGUCACAGAUUACAACUGUGGCAGCUUUUGGAAAGUAUGACCCUGAACUAUUGUGUUACGCUCAUUCUAAAGGAGCCAGGGUAGUACUAAAAGGAGAUGUACCUGUGAAGGAAAUUAUUGACUCUGCUAACAGAACAGCCUGGAUAGCACGACAGGUGGACCUGGCCAAAAAGCAGUAUAUGGAUGGAAUUAAUAUAGACAUAGAGCAAGAAGUUAUUGCGAUGUCACCUGAAUACUAUGCAUUAACAGCUCUGGUUAAAGAAACUACUGAUGCUUUUCAUAGAGAAAUUCCAGGAUCACAGGUCACCUUUGAUGUGGCUUGGUCUCCAGCAUGCAUAGACAAAAGAUGCUACAACUACAGUGGGAUUGCAGAUGCCUGUGAUUUCUUGUUCGUGAUGUCUUAUGAUGAGCAGAGUCAGAUCUGGACAGAAUGUAUUGCAAGAGCCAAUGCUCCCUACAAUCAGACCUUAGAUGGAUAUGAUGACUACAUUAGUAUGAGCAUUGAGCCUAAGAAGCUUGUGAUGGGUGUUCCCUGGUACGGCUAUGAUUAUAGAUGUCUGGAUUUGUCUAAGGAUCACGUCUGUUCCCUCCCAAAUAUUUCUUUCCGAGGGGCUCCAUGCAGUGAUGCUGCAGGGCGUCAGGUCCCCUAUGGAACAAUAAUGAAGCAGGUGAAUAGUUCUAUUUCUGGGAGCCUGUGGGAUGAGGAGCAGAAGGCUCCAUAUUAUGAAUAUAAGGACUCUCUUGGUCAUUUUCAUCAAGUAUGGUACGAUAAUCCACAGAGCAUUUCCCUGAAGGCAACGUAUGCAAAGAAACGUGAUUUAAGGGGUAUUGGCAUGUGGAAUGGAAAUUGUCUUGACUACUCCAGAAGUUCUGUAGCAGAGCAGCAGACUGAAGCAAUGUGGCGAGCCUUGAGACCAUAGCAACUAUACAGGAUAGUGAACCCUACCUCUGGAUUUAGAAUGUAGAAAAUGAAUUGGUAGUUAUGGCUAAUAUUCUGUAUUAUGCCUUCUUGCAAGCAUGCACUGGUUACAAGCAAAACUUCAUCUUGUCAGUCUCUGCUUAAGGCAGUAUUUUUAUACCUUAGAAAGUAUUUAACAUUGCAUUAACACUGUUUUAACAGGUUCUGGUUAUUCGCAUUUUCAUAACUGGCAUCAGACCUUGAACUCGACACUCAUAAUAUAUAUGAACAACAUAUGUAUGUUGAAUCAUUUAAAAGAGAGCAUAUGAGAAUGAGGUGUUCUGCUCAACACAAAUGCUUUAUCAUAAUCAGUUACUGUUCUUUGUUCUGUAAACUUUAUAUCUAAAAAUAUACACCGUCUAGUUGUGAAGGUUUUAAUUAUUUGUAGCAUUUAGCUUUGUUGGCAGUGAAACUGAAGAAUUCAGUAUUCUUUUUAUGUUUACAUAACAUUGUGAGGGUUUUUUUUGUUUUGUUUUAUUUACAACUUCAAAAGCCAGAAAACCUCAGGCUUCAAAGAAAGCUUGCACCCAUUUUGCUCAAAGCUGCAUUCUAAAGUGUAUAUGAUAAGCACUUCUUAUGACCUGUCUAAACACAUUGAUUUCAUAAUUAACAUUUUUAAGUGUCUACAUUUUUGAACUAGAUGAUUGUAGUCACCAUACUGCUGUAAUUUCUGAUGCUAGUGAAAAAUCUGUCUUUAGAUCAAUUUCAUGUAGAUCUUGCCGAGAGAAGAAUCCUGUAUCAGUAGAGAGAUGGAUUGGAUAAUCUAAUAGAUAAUUUUUCAUCUUGAAAUUCUGUGAUUCCUGACAACUAAGAGGAUAGAUCCCUUGAUCUAGAGUGGUGUUUUUCAAAUUUCUUUACACAAAACUCAGGCUGAAUAAAAGGACCCUAUGUUCAUUUCUAGUUGCUUAUAAAAUGUUAAAAUAUUCAGAAUGAGAAAAUCUCAGGUUCGUCAUAAUAUUUUCUGAUGAUAAUUCAUUGUGCCAAGGGAAUUUUGAAAGAAAUAUUAAAAUAUUUCCAAACAUUUAUAGAGAUUGAUGUAUGUGUGUGCGUAUUUCAGUAAAGUUUUGUUAAAAUAGAAAGGAAAUAUUAAGGCUGAGGCAAAAGAACAAUUCAUGGCACAUUCAUCUUCCUAGAAGCAAAAUACAAUAUUUGUUUUUUAGUAUGUUUCAAGGAUUAUUUCGUAAAUAAAUUAUCUACUAAACUGUU